AAAAGUUUAUUUAGUCUAUGGUGUCAUGUCAUUACGGCAAUCAAAUAUUGAAAUGGGUUCAAAAGCAAAAAUUGACUUUACAGAAGAAGAUCUGGCAAAAUAUGACUGGAUUACAUUACGAAAAGAUAUGGAUAAUUUACUCCCUACCGAGACUUUUACACAAAAAUUUUAUCGAAAAUUUUUAGAGAAUCCUUUUGUUCCAAUAGGUUGUUUAGCAACAACACUAGCACUAAGUUAUGGUUUGUGGAGCUUUAGAAAUGGAAAGAAAAAAAUGUCACAGUACAUGAUGAGAACGAGAGUUGUGGCUCAAGGAUUUACUGUGCUCGCUCUGGUAGUAGGUGUCAGCAUGGGAGCACAAAAAAAUGCAAAAAAACUUUAGCUUUUACAGUAACAUUAACAUAGUGUUAAUAACAGUAAAACUACAGUAGUGACAUUAUUAAAUAGUUAUAGAGUGAAAUACAUAAAUUGAUGAAAAAGAAAAUAUUUUUAAAGACCGUAUACCUUUAACUAAGAGUUAUCAAUUUUGCUAUGUAUAAAUGCACUAGUGUGCUUUUUUUAGAAUCCAUUUUUCAGUAAUGAUUGCUACAGAAAUGUAUUAAUCUUUUGGAAUUUUUUUGUAAGGGCUGGGUACAGAGCAAGAGGCAAGGCAAAAACUGAAUGAACAUAUAAAUAUAAACACUACUUGAGGUGCUGCAAACUGCCUUGAUCUGAGGUCAAGGUCCCUGCUGGAAUGCUAUUCUGCCUCGUUUUCAAGUGUCUCAUGGCUGGAAUCAAUUUUGGUAAAAAAAAGUUACUGCUUUCUUUUCCAUAUAAAACAAGAUCUAAUUUUGUAGAUUCUAGUCAUCAAGUAAUGUCUGCAUUUCUUUUCAGUAAGCUAGAAUAACCACAAUGUACUAUUUACCAUAUUUAGGUACUUUUGUUUCAACAUAUUUUUUCAGUGAUAAAUAAAAUUUGAAGUAUGAACCAA